CUGAGCUGCAGCCGUGUGCUGGUGCAGACGGAGGGAGCUGUGACUAAGGACAAGGUACCUUCACUAUGGCCUACACUCAGCUCCUGGCUGAAGUCAAGGGCUGGCUCCAGAUCCGAAGUUCCCUGGCUCGUCAGUGCCUGGCAGAAUUUCUGGCUGUAUUUGUGCUCAUGAUCAUCACCCAGGGAGCUGUGGCCCAGACAGUUACCAGUGAAGAAACCAAAGGCAACUUCUUCACCAACUUUCUGGCCGGUGCUCUGGCCGUUGUGAUAGCCAUUUAUGUGGGUGGCAAUGUUUCAGGGGCCCAUCUGAAUCCAGCCUUCUCCCUGGCCAUGUGCCUCCUGGGACGCCUCUCCUGGGCUAAGCUCCCAAUUUACUGUUUUGUGCAGCUGUUGUCUGCUUUCUGUGCUUCUGGAGCAACCUAUGCUCUCUACUAUGAUGCCCUACAGAACUAUACAGGUGGUAACCUAACAGUGACGGGCCCCAAGGAGACAGCCUCCAUCUUUGCCACCUACCCUGCCCCCUACCUGACCCUGAAAAAUGGCUUCCUGGAUCAGGUUCUGGGCACCGGGAUGCUGCUGGUGGGGAUCUUGGCAAUCCUGGACAAACGGAACAAGGGAGUGCCUGCAGGUCUGGAGCCCGUGGCAGUGGGGCUGCUGAUUCUGGCCAUUGGGCUGUCCAUGGGUGCCAACUGUGGGUACCCACUCAAUCCUGCCCGGGACUUGGGACCAAGGCUCUUCACCUAUGUGGCUGGCUGGGGUCCUGAAGUCUUCAGUGCUGGUAACGGCUGGUGGUGGGUACCUGUGGCAGCGCCUCUGGUGGGAGCCAUGCUUGGCACAGCCGCAUACCAGCUGCUGGUGGCUAUGCACCAUCCUGAGGACUCAGAGCCAACUCAGGAGAUAGAGUGUGUCCAGCAUAAGAGCUCAGAGUUGGAGACUCCUGCCUCAACUUAAAUGCAGUGUGAAAGCUAUGAUUCUGACAGCCCUCGCACCCCUCAUGGUCCCUGGACUGACAAGACGCUCUUUCUGUUUAUUAAUAUGCAAGAUC